AUUCUUGGAGCGAAAAAAAGUGCAAACGUCAAAGGGAGAGAAAAAUUCCUUCAGUGUUUGUGAAAAAGUCCCAUUUUCUCCAUUAAAAAUAAACACAAAAACUCCACAAAAGGACUUAAAAUUCCCCCCUGAAUGUGUCCUCUGUGAAAUUGUUUUUAAAAUCCUGCUAAAAUUGUUAAUAGUAUUGAAAAAUCGGUGUGUUUAGUUUUGUACCUGGGGGAGACCUAACCUCACUUUGCAUCACCAUUGAAAGGGUUGAAAUUUCAGGGAUUUUCAUCCCUUUGCGGGAAUGUCCUGUGCCUAGGAGUGAUUGAAAGUGAAAGUUCACAGCCUGGAGUGUUUUUCUACGUGAAAACAAAAGUGCGUCAGUGCGGGAUUUGGUGCGGAAUUGGGGUGAGAAAUCAGCUGGGUCAACAAAAGAGGAAGAAGGGUUUGCAGAAGUCGCGCUUCUGACGUCACGCAAUUUUUAAUUGCUAAUUUUGCUAAUCUCCGUUGCUCUCGUGGCAUUUUUUUCUGGCAAGGAAAGCACAAUAACUUCAAUUGACAAAAAUUUAAUUUUAAAUUUAAUUGUAAAAAUAAACCCCACACCAAAGUGAUAAGAAAAAAAAUUAUCAGUGUGAAGACUCUGUGAGAAAAUCAUCCGUGCGCGGGGAAGAUGAGUGAUGAGAAUGUGGUGGAAGCAAAAAAGCCCACAAAGCCAGAGGUCAGUGAGUGCGAUACAGCCAGUGAAGCAUCCUAUGCACCGUCAACGUCAUCGCACAAACCAUCGGGGAUUAGGCCGCCCUCCGUAAGAAUUGGGCGGCUCUGCACGUCCGCGCAUUGUACACCAAAGGCCUCCCAUCCGCCACUGUCGGAAAGCAAAAAUGGAUCACUGAGCUCAGAUCUGUACUGGGAAGCUACAGGUCGUCGUCGAAGUUCAGAUCAGGGAAUUGUUCUGACCACCGAUACCGACAGCUUUAUUAUUGGGCAACGUGUAUGGGUGGGUGGUGUACGCCCUGGGCACAUUGCUUACAUUGGUGAGACACAUUUUGCCCCUGGAGAUUGGGCUGGAGUCGUGCUAGAUGAGCCAAGUGGCAAAAAUGAUGGAUGUGUGUCGGGAAAGCGCUACUUCCAGUGCGAACCGAAGCGCGGAAUCUUUUCACGACUCACACGUCUCACGCGUGAGCCUCUACUCACGGCUGAUUCAACAGAUGACCUCUAUAGGAGCCCAUCACGUACACCCGCAUCCCCUGUGCGUACAAUUUCGCCACCCUCGAGUGUCCGCAAUAGCGUAACACCAUCGCGUACGGGCACCAAGGGUGGUAUGCACGUGGGGGAUCGUGUGAUUGUGAGUUCGGGCUUUGGGAGUCGCCCUGGGGUGCUAAAAUACAUUGGGGAGACAUCAUUUGCCCCGGGGAAUUGGUGUGGGGUGGAAUUGGAUGAUCCCACUGGGAAGAAUAAUGGAUCUGUCGAUGGAAUCAGAUACUUUGAAUGCGCAGAUAAAUACGGGAUCUUUGUCCCAUUAGCCAAGGUGACACUAUCACCAACGGCCAAGAAAACCUUUACACGACUCCCAAGGUCCAAUUCAAAGGAAUCCCUCACGUCAAUUGGAACCCUUGGUAGUAUGGCGUCGACGAAUACAUCGAGAUUGCGAAUGGGGGCUAAUGCUCAGAGGCUUUCAUCAUCCACGAAGCCAAUAACCACGCCAAAAAAUACCUUUUCCCUACAGGAUGUUUUGCGUGAGAAGCAGAAUCACAUUGAGCAAUUGCUGGCUGAGAAGGAUCUCGAUCGGCAAGAUGCGGAAAUUCAAUCAAUGAUGUAUCAAAAGGAUAUCAAUGAGCUGAGACAGAAAGUUGCAGACUUGGAGGGACGUCUCAAGGAAGAGAAGCGAAAGAAUGAAGAUUUGCAAUUCACCGUGGAUGAAGCACAAUUCUGUGGCGAUGAGCUUUCGGCGAAAAAAAUUAAAUUGCUGGAAGCCCAGAGUCAGGAGUACAAGGAAAGGAUCACGAAAUUGGAGGAAGAAUUGGCGCAUUCGAAGACGUCGUCAAUCACAACGGAACCUAAUGGAGAUUCCGGGCAGCUGAAAGAACUCACCGAAAAGGUGGAGGAAUUGAAAAAAUCCUUGGUAGCACGUGAGGAGGAGCUAAAGAAUGUCCGGGAAGAGGAGAAGGAGCGCUCAAAUAAAAUCCUGGAACUUCAGCAGAAGCUAAUUGAGGCUGAAAGUACGUUGGAUAUUAAAGUUUCCAGCUUGAGUGUGUCUGAAAAUUGCCUCAAAGAAGAGAUUCAGCUUCUCUCCACGCAAAAUGAUGAGCUUCGUGAUGAAAUGGAGAAGCAAAAGCAAUCCUUCGUAUCCCUCGAGGAGGCUCAGAAGAAUCUCCAAAAUGAGAAUGAAAUCCUAAAGCAAAAACUUGCCGAGGGAGGAAAGACGUCGUCUGGGAUGCAGGAAAUUAUUGCAAAUCUCGAGAAGGAGAAAGAAGAAAUUCCUCGCUUGAAGACCUUGCUGGCCGAGGCUGAAGCAUCCCUGCAGAAGAACGCCCAGACUAUUCAGGAGUUUGAGAAGAAAUUCCAGGAGGAGCAAGAAAAAAUCACAGAAGUAACAAAAUCUUUGGAAGCGUCGAGAAAAUCCGAAAACACCCUGAAGCACGAAAUUCAGGAGAAAUCCUCAAAGAUUCAGGAGCUUGAGAAGGAAAUAACCGAUGUGGCUGCAUCGAGAAAAAUCGCGGAGACGGAGAAACUUUCCAAUGAGGGGAAAAUCCGGGAGUUUGAGGUGAUUAUUGAAUCACUAAAGAAGCAAAUUUCCGAAGCAAAUUCCGCCACAACUUCCUCCCGGGAGGAAGUAGAUAGUGUCCGGAAGAUUCUGAGCAAUCAGGAGCAAUCUACGGGGGAAUUGCGUGCUGAAUGUGAUGCCCUGAAGAAGAAACUUCACGACACUGAAGCAGCACUGGAGGAAAAGCUGCGAGAUCUCGCACGAGAGAGUGAAGAGAAAUCCCAGAAAAUUCACGAAUGUGAAGAUCUUAAGGAGAAGAUCACAUUGAAUGCCACCAAAUACGAACAGGAAGCUCAGAAGAAUGCCACAGCAAUGGAGGCAAUCAAGGAGGAAGUGCGAAAACUCUCAGAGAGCCUCAAGGCUGCCGAGAAUGAGAAGGAAUCCCUGAAGAAGUUGCUGGAAGCAGGGGAGGAGGUGAAGAAAUCCCUGGAGGAGAAUGUUGAGAAUCAGAAGCGUCAAAUUGAGGGACUUACCACAAAUUUAACCGAGCUGGAUGGGCAGAAAAGCUCCCUGCAGGAGAAUUUCAAUCAACUAGAUCUCACGCAUGGAGAUUUGGUCAGGAAGUUCAAGGUUCUCGAGGAAAAAUGCACUCAAAUGACCACAGAGAAGCAAACUCUUCAGCAGGAACUCACAGCUGUGAGGAAUUCCUCCGUGGAUGUUAAUUCCGAAGUGACGAGACUCACGCAGGAGUUGGAGAUGAAGAAAACAAACCUGGAGAGUCUUUCGGAGAGCUCAACAGCCACCAAAUUGACCCUCGAGACGAAGAUUCAGGAACUCAGUCAGCUUGUGGAGCGUCUCCAGGGGGAACUGGACACAGUGGGUAGUCAGAAGAUAAACCGAGAGAAUGAGCUUAACGGAGAGCUGGCCAGGACGAAGGAACUCAUGCAGAAUGAGGUGGAAGCAACCAAGAAGAAAUUCCAGGAGGAACGUGAGAAGAUGAUUCAGGAGAUUAAUGCAAAAAUUGACGAAGCUGAAGCCACUCGGGCUAAUCUCACAGCCUCCAUUGCACGCCUCGAGGAGAGCAUAAGUGGCCUUCAGAAGGAGCUGGAAAACUCCCGGAAUCAUGAGAAGGUCACCGAAAGAGAGCUGGAGGAAGCUCGUAGGCAAUUUGAUGGGCUCGAAAGGAAUCUCACGAAGGAUUUGGAAGCUUCGCGCGCAAAGAUUGCCACCCUGGAGCUUUCUGCCGCCUCAAGGGAUUCAUCCCAGACGGAACUCCUGCAGCGCAUUGCGGAGAAAGAUUCAGCCCUUGCGGAUGUGCGGGAUGAGCGGGAUACGCUCAAAGUGGAAGUUGGUGCCUUGAGGGAGAACUUUGAGAGACAAAUUCGGGAAAUUGUUGAGCUGAAAUCCACCGCGGAGGCUGCAAUGAAGGCCAGUGAGGCUGAGAGCAGGAAAACCCGGGAGAUUGAUGAGAAACUCCGUGAUAUGGAGGAUGAACAGGUGGAUCUUGUGGAUAGGAAUGAGCAGAUGACUGUGAAGAUUGCCGAAAUGGAAGCUGAGAGGGACGGCCUGCUGAAAUCUCUCGAAGAAGCCACCGUUAGGUCGGAAAGUCAAGCUCGGGAGCAGAUGGAGCGAGAUAGAAACAUCCAGGAUUUGCAGGGAGAACGAGAUGCUGUGCGGGAGGAACUCAAGGCCACUGUGGCACAUGUUGCGGACCUGAAAAACCAGUUGGAAGCCAAAACGGCGGAACAAGCUACGCUGGAGGGGGCAAUUGCAGAACUAAAGGGUAGCUUGGGAGCUGCAGAGGUGACAAUCCGGGAGAAGGAAGCAAAACUCGUGCACAUUGUGACGGAAUCUGAAGGCUUCCAGAAUAGUCUGAGGGAAGAUCUUGCCCGGAAGGUGGAUGCAAGUGAGAAGCUGGAGAAGAAAGUAAGAGAUUUGGAUGACACCGUGAGGAACCUCAAGGAAUCCCUGGAAAGUGCCAACAAGGCGAAGGCGAAGGCUGAAGAAGCUGCCCGGACAUUUGAGGCAAGUGUGAUGAAUCUCAAGAAAUCCUCAGAUGAAGUGGACUCAUCGCGUGCAAAGCAGGAUGCUCAAAUUGCCCAACUAUCGAAGCAACUUGAGGAGCUUCAGGAGAACAUCUCACGGCGGGAUGAGCGCAUUGGGCAGCUGGAGAAGCAGGAAAAUCUCCUAAAGAGUGAAGUGGCGAUGCUGCAGAAUCGCAUGGGGGUGCUUCAGGCAACCCUCGAUGACCGGGAGUUGCAGCUGAAAGUUACCAAGAGUCAGCUGGAGGCAGCCAAGAGUAAUCCCGUCGCUGCUCAGGCUGUUGGUGAUGUUGCAGAUGACACAGAUGCCGGAGCGCAGAUAAACUUCCUCAAUAGCAUCAUUGCAGACAUGCAGCGAAAGAAUACGGAGCUCGUAGCGAGGGUGCACCUCCUGGAGACGGCUCCAGCGGCAGAUUCGAGUCACAAUGGCUUGAAUCUGGAGAUGCCAGUGCGCCGGAAGCCAGCUCCGCGUCUCUUCUGUGACAUUUGUGAUAUUUUCGAUGCACACGACACCGAGGAUUGCCCCCUGCAGGCGUCAGAUAGUCCAGUACCACCGGAAAUUACCCGCAAUCCCGGAGAACGUGUCAUCCCACCAGCACGGAAAUAUUGCGAAUCUUGCGAAGUUUUUGGCCAUGAGAUUGGCGAAUGUGACAACGAUGAAUCCUUCUAAGCCCAGGGAACUUCCGGAGGAGGACAUUAGAUAGCCCAAAUGUUUUGUUUUGUUGAGAGAAAAAAAAACUCUGUGUUCGUUUUCAUUAAAUUUUUAGAUCAAUUUCAUACAAAUUCUAA